AUGUUGUGGCUCGACGUUUUGCAAGAGGCAGAGGAGAUUGACCGACGAUUCGAGGAAUGGGAGAGAAGUCUGACUGGCCGAUGGCUCCCAAUGACUACAAUCCACACUAUCUCGAACGCGCUCGAAGUCACUGUAGACUUCUACAGCGACGUUCAGGUCGGCAAGGUAUGGAAUCAGUACCGGUGCGCUCGUAUCGUUCUCCAUGAACUCAUCUUUGAAAUUGUGGAAAAUCUGGUCUGCAUCUGUACCUCUAUCAGAGAGGGCGUGGUACCAAAGGUCCAACGAUCCGCCCAAACCAUUAACACCUUGUUGUCGGCGAUAUGCAACAGCAUACCUUUCCACUUGCAGCGGGUCGAUUCAAAAGGCGAUCUGGUAGCACAAACUGUUCAAAGAGUAUUAGGUGGAGAGCAUCUUCUGUGGCCGCUAGAUGUGGUUCUUCACAGCCGUUGGAGCAACAGUUCCCAACCAACUCAGGCGCGCAAAGCGCUUGAGGAGAUCGGAACAUCUCUGGGCCUCAAACAGGCCUCGAAAGCAAUCCAACAAAAGCAGGAACUGCCUACUGUCCUUGUGGGGCAAGACUUUCACGCUCGCUUGCCAACUGUAAGUUGGCGGGCGUGA